AUGUUGAAGAUCUGGUCAAUGAAGCAGCAGCAAGCGCAGGCUGAGAAUGCCGAGAGCGCAGCUGGCAAAAAGAAGAAGAAGGUCACGGCGGCACAACUUCGAGUUCAACGAGACCUUCAAGAACUCACCCUUGGCAGCACCAUGAAGAUGUCCUUUCCGAACCCCGACGAUAUCCUAAACUUCACCCUAACUAUCGAGCCAGAUGAGGGCAUGUACAAGGGUGGCGUCUUCAACUUCAACUUCAGCGUCAACCAAAACUUCCCCCACGAUCCCCCCAAGGUCAAAUGCACCCAAAAGAUCUACCAUCCUAACAUUGACCUUGACGGCAAUGUUUGCUUGAACAUUCUCCGUGAGGACUGGAAACCAGUAUUAAACCUCAAUGCGGUUAUUGUGGGCAUGCAGGUAUGUGCGAUACGCGGGCUCCGCUGUGCUCUACACUUGGCUUUUCCCCCUAGGUCACUGACGAUUUCCGUGCGACGUGGAAAGUUCCUCUUCCUUGAGCCGAACGCCUCCGAUCCCUUGAACAAAGAAGCUGCAGACGACCUCCGCAACAACCGAGAUGCCUUCAAACGGAAUGUGCGGUCCUCCAUGGCUGGCGGAACUGUCCGGGGCGAAACUUUCGAACGAGUCCUUCGAUAG